GGGUUUGUGUAAACAGCCCAGAGCCUCAAAGCAAGUAAGAAGGGUAAGGAGCCAGCAGCUUUUGAAGAAGCCUUUCUGUCCCAAAGCAAAGAAGGAUUCCCUAGCUUUAAAAGAAGUUUCCUGUAAUUUCUAAGGCACACUGCAUUACUACCCACUAGGCCACUUCUGGAUUUUCUAUAAAUUUAGCCUUUUAGAUUAUCUCUUCCAUAAGCAUUCGUCUGGUUGUUGUUGUUGUUUCUGUGAUCUGUCAUCUCUGUUAUCCUCACCUCUUAACAUUAUUGAUCUCCUCUUGAGUGUUCAACUCUCCUACCAACCCAUCAAAGACACAGGAGAGCUUCCUUUGUCUUUCUCUUUUGUCACCCAUCAACCUUUCUAUUCUCUUCAUGCUCAUUUAAAACAAAGAAGAAGUUAUCCAUCAUCCAUACAAUCCUUUUCUGUUCUGCAAUCUUAGUGAGACCACUUGUCCUGGCAUUGUUUCUUUCCUAUCAAAGUCCAUCAAAUAAAGGUCUCUCUGUAAGCUUUUGCCUUGAGUAUUUAAGUUGUUAUUAGUUCUGACUUUGUCAUCCCCUCACAAAGUUUCUCUCAGACCCAUCUUCUUUAAAGAGUUCAGGAGUAAAUACAACAUGGGUGUUGGAGGUACUCUGGAGUAUUUCUCUAGCUUACUAAGCAAUGGUCAUAGGCAUAAGAAGAAGAGGAAGCAGAUGCAAACUGUGGAGCUUAAAGUCAGGAUGGACUGUGAAGGCUGUGAACUCAAAGUCAAGAAAACCCUGUCUUCAUUGAAAGGAGCUAAAUCGGUGGAUGUAAACUUGAAGCAACAGAAGGUCACUGUGACUGGGUAUGUUGAACCAAACAAGGUAUUGAAGAAAGCUCAGUCAACAGGGAAAAAGGCUGAGUUUUGGCCUUAUGUUCCUUACAGCCUUGUUGCACAUCCUUAUGCAGCACAAGCUUAUGAUAAGAAAGCACCUCCUGGCUAUGUCAGAAAUGUGGAGACCCAUGGAAUCAGCAACCUUAGCAAACAGGAAGAGCAAUACACAACCAUGUUCAGUGAUGAAAACCCAAAUGCUUGUUCCAUCAUGUAGAGUUCUUUACUUCUUUUCCCUUGCACUGCACAGUACCCAGCUCUGUAAAAGUUCCAUAUCUACUCUUUUUUAUGUUUUUUUUUGGUGAAAAUGUUAUGACUGUGAUAUGGGUGAUCAGGAUUGUUUGGGGUAGGGUUUUGGGGCUGAUUGGAGUAGGGUGUUAAUGGUGGUGGACAUCGAUGACAUGAAAGUAAAUGCUAUCUGUAAUACAGAAAUGAAUAGUUAGAAAUGAAAUAGUUCUGGUUGUUUUUUACGAA